AAUUUGCUAACCAAUUGAUGUAUUUUGGCAAAGCCAAUUUUAAAAGGUAUUUGUUUACCUUUAAGGAUAACAAAGCUGAUGUAAUUUUAAAGUACAAUGCUGAUGAAGCUAGAAGUCUGAAGGCAUAUGGCGAGCUUCCAGAACAUGCUAAAAUCAAUGAAACAGAUACAUUUGGUCCUGGAGAUGAUGAUGAAAUUCAGUUUGAUGACAUUGGAGAUGAUGAUGAAGACAUUGAUGAUAUCUAAACUGAAUUUAAAGUUUCAGAGUAUUUGUUCCAUGGUUUGGAUUUUGGCCAUCACCUGUUAAGAAGACUAAAACUUCAGGAUAAUUGCAGUUUGCUAAGACACUGAUUUGUUUUCAUUGUUUUUAAGUCUUUAUUGUUCUCUUUAAAUGAGCUGUUAACACUUUAUUCUUUUGAUGCAAUGGAACUUAGGGAUAAAAGAUCACAAGCUCUACUGUUAAAACAUAGUAAAGAGGGGGAGAGAGAAUGGAUAAAGUAAAUGUUUUCCAGUUAAUGAAUGUUUUGACUAAAUUGUUUUAUCUUUAUGGUCAGUGGUAAGUCCUAGUUCCAAGUAAUUUUUUUCAGUCAUUCAGUAUGUUACCUAGAUAUUCUCUUUAAUUUUUGAUAAAAAUUUGAGGAAGUUAAAAAUUUACAUUUGAAGUUAAGAAAAGGGGCUAUUUUUUAAUAUUUCUAUAGCUGGGUACUAUAUUUUCAACUAAGAUAACAUUCUUUUCAUCAUCUCAUGCUGUCUUAAAUACCUAGCAUUUAUAAACUGCUUAUUUUAGAACUUGAGCAUGAGUAGCAAUUUUUAAUUUAUAAGAUGAAUAGUUGCAAAAAUUCACUGCUAGAUAGUAACUCAAAAUUGGAACUACUGAUAUACUAGUCGAAAGUGGUUUUUUUUUUUAACCUUAUGAUUACAAAUUUUCUUAAAUAUCAUAAGACAACUUUUAAUGGUAAAUAAGAACAGUUUGUACUAUACUAAAAAGUUGUUAAAACAUGUCAUUUUAUUUUCAAAACUCAUGCAUUUGUAACCUAUAGUUUAGGGCUUUAUGAACAAUUAAAUUACAAUGUAUAAAUGAAAAAUUAUUUUUAUAAUAAACUGGUAUAAGAAAAAGGAAGGGACCACAGCUAAGAAAUAUAAUAAAAUGCCCAUUGGGUAUAUUUUGGCCUUA